AUGGGUUUGCCUGAUGUUCCUGGUCAGAUCGUCUACGACAUAUUCUCAAGACUACCCGUCAAGUCUCUGUGCCGUUUCAAAUCGGUUUCCAAGUCAUGGCUCGCUCUGAUCACCGCCCCCGAAUUCAUCAAGUCACACCUCCAUCAUCAAUCCACAAACGACAACAACAUCAACCAUAAGAUAAUCUUCUGCUCUGGCACUUCUCCCUCCAUGUAUUCCGUAGAUUACCAAGCACCCGAUCACACCAUAAUUGAGCUUAAAAGUCCCCCCUGUGAGUAUUAUGUUGAAAUUGUUGGUUCAUUCAAUGGCAUCGUACUCUUACGAAUGGAUGGUGAACUAUGUUUAUGGAACCCAUCAACCAAAAUGUACCAGAAAUUCUCACCACCAGAGGGUGAAAAUAGGUUUGUAAAGUAUGGGCUUUGUCAUGACUCCGUUAGUGACGAUUUCAAGGUUGUUGGGGUUAAUUCGCGUUUAAUUGAUGGCCGUUCUGCUGUCCAUAUGUUUACUUCUAAACUGAGUUCGUGGAAGAGGAUUGGAGACUUCGAUUUCUUUCUCAUUAAAGCUUUGCCGACGGCGGUUCUGAAUGGGGCACCACAUUGGUCGGCUGGUGACAAUAGCAAUUUCAUUAAGGCGAUUUUUUGUUUUGAUGCUGUGGAGGAGAAAUUCAAGGAGGUUCCCAUUCCUAAAAAUUUUGAAGGUGGUUUUUUGUUUUUUUUUGAGUUGGGGGUUUUGGGUGGAUGGCUUUGUGGAGUUAACAACAGUAGUUGGGAGAGUCAUUCCGAUGUUUGGGUGAUGAAGGAAUAUGGCAUGAAAGAAUCUUGGAUCAAGCUUUUUGUUGUACCAAAUGUGCCAGGGGAAUUCUGUUUUCGCUACAUUAGGGUGUUGGGUUACAGAAAGGACGGAGAGGUCGUAAUGGUGUUCAAUUCGACUGAUUUAGUGAUCUACAAUCCGAAACAGAACAGAUACAAGAGGAUUGAGAUCCCUCCGGAUUGCAAGUGGUUUGAUGCGGCUUAUUCUAUGGAGAGUCUUGUUUCACCUCGUGUCUGCAAUGGCACUAGCUAG